AUGCCUAACUCAAGCGAGCGGUUGUGUUUUGGUGGCUCUCUGGACCAGGGCGGUCUAGAAUGGAUUGAAGGCCAGAUAGACAAAGCUGCAAGUCGUUGCCACUACUGUGGUACCAUUGUUGACCCUCAGACUUCCUUGGCAUUGACUGGAGGAGAAGGUGGACGAGGCUUUCCACAUCACCUGGAUCUUGAGGUUCAAGGACAAGGACAGCAAGUCAUGAGGAAGCCUCAUUUCAACAACAGCCUUUACCUGGGCUCUGGACCACUUCAUGGUUACAUCCAGGAUGACGGCAGCUUAAAUGGCCAGCCACCCAAAGAAGAGUCGGGGUUUUACAGGGACGACCAGCACCUGCUCUCAAGAUCACCCUUGCGUUAUGGGCCCGGCAUGCCCGGGUUGAGGCCUUCUUGGGAUCAAGCACAGAGAAGGGCCACACCUACUGUACAAGCCUCGAGUUCUACACCUAUCCCCAUGCCUCAUCCCCCACCACCUCCUCCCCCACCUCCUCCUCUUCCUGUUCAUGAGCUGAGCCGUUUGUACAGGGAAACUCUGGGAUCUAAGAUUAUCUUAGACGCGCAGCGUAUUGCAGGCAGCUCUCCUUCUACUGCAGUCUACGGACCUCAGACCUCUCUCUCUACUUAUGCUGCUGACCAACCAUCUGUCUCUGCUCAACAAACAUUAAACAAUUCCAGCAGUUUUUCCUUGGAUCCACGUCAGUCAGCUGCCACCAGUUCCGUGGUGGACCCAGCUUCUCAGGGAAUGGACGGAGCUCUCCCUCGUGCUUAUGGGGCGGUGGCCUCCCACAGACUUCCUUAUGACCCCAGCUAUGAUCCCAGCUCAGCCAUGAUGGCUGCCACAGCUGGCAUGUCCUCCAACUUGCCUCCUCACCAUCCCAGCGCCACAGACCCCAAGAAGAUGGUGGACCCUGCCUUUUUGGCCCUUUUACGAGCAGAAGGUCUGGCUGAGAGCACCAUCACCCUCCUGCUGCAACAUGGGUUCGAUUCCUCUCCAAUGCUGGGGAUGAUGGAGGACCAUGACAUUCGCUCCGUAGCCCCAAACUUGGCUCAGGCCCGCGUUCUUUCCCGUAUGGUGCUCGGUUACAAAACCGGCGGGGCUGCGACUCGCACCCGAUCCAACAGCUUCAGCCAUUGCAAUGACUUUUACAUGCAGCCCCAAGGUUUGAGCAUGGAUCCGGGUCUGAUGCAGCAACCUCCCUCCGCUAUUCAAACCGUAUCCCCCAGAAUGGGAGAGUUUCUCGGAAGAAGACCCAGCACCGCUCCAUCCCAACACCUGCUGGAGACCGCCACCUAUCCAGGAUCUCGUCCCCUGACAACUGGAGCGUUCCCAGUCAGCCCUGUCGGAUACAGCAAUGCUGUGACACAGGGAAGACCCUUCUCUAUGUACAACGCCCACACUGGUUUAGCCAUGUCUGCUCUUGGCCAACAGCCUCCGCGCGCCCCGGUCACCCCUGGAGCUGCCCCCAAAACCUUCUCCGGGUCUUACUCACCCAUGGAGCUUAUGAAACGGGCCCCCAACCUUCCUCUAGCAUCCCCGAUCGCGGCUCCGAGCCCCCUCCACAGCCCACAACUUCUACGGAAAGGGAUGAGUGUCGCUCCUGAGAAUAACAUCGCCCCCGCGAAUUCUUCCUCCACUCUCCAAGCGCAGAGCUUUAACAACAACAACAACAAGCUGGUCGGGCGGCGCACUGGUCCACCUGUCAUCGUCUCUACCAUGACCACCACGCCUGACACAAGCAUCCGGCCGCAGAUAAUGAACGGGCCGAUGCACCCACGCCCCCUGGUGGCGCUGCUGGACGGGCGCGACUGCACGGUGGAGAUGCCCAUCCUGAAGGACCUGGCCACCGUGGCCUUCUGUGACGCACAGUCCACGCAGGAGAUCCACGAGAAGGUAGGGACUGGAAGGAGCGUGAAUAAAGUUAUUGUUUGUUUAUAAUCUGUAGAUAAUCAAUCAAAGUUG